AUGCCGUCGACGCAGAGCAAAGGGGACGAGAACCGGGGCACGGCACCCAGGUCCCUUGUCCACCUCCUCCAGGCUCGCAUCAAGGAGCUGGAGGAUAUUCUCUGGCUACAUUCUAUCGAUGCCAACACCCCCGUCAGUGAUCACACAGGCCGGAGUAAUAUCGCAGUGAACGGCCCGCCAGCAAAUUUGGCGGCCCCCGCGGUCUCCCAUCAAGUACAGGCCAAAUUUGAUGCUCCUUUGCGUACAAACGGGCAUCUUAAUUUCGACGACUAUGGAGAGGCAUUCUAUUUUGGCUCCAGCAGCGGACGGGCUGAGCUUUUGCAGCCAACAGAGGGCGGAGAUGAGGAGCCCAGCUUGUCCUUGGAUACGUGCCCUCGAUUCCCGCACAAUAUGUAUUCUCAGGCAGUUGAUUCCACGCUUGAAAUAUCUAAGGAGCUUCAAGACCACCUAGUUUCUCUUUACUUUGAAUGGGAACAACCAUGGUUUCAGCUGGUCGACGAAACUUUGUUUCGGGAGAGCUGGCAGGAAAAUGGGAGAUGGUGCAAUCCCCUACUUCUGAACUGCAUAUUCGCCAUGGGAUCUCGCUACUCGGACAGAACGGAAGUACGUUCCAACCCAGAAGAUCUUAACACAGCAGGUCAGCUUUUUCUGGAACUCGCCGAAGUGCUGUUACAUUUUGAUCUGAAGUCACCAAGUAUCAUUACCAUUCAGUCGCUUGCCAUGAUGGCUAUUCUUUAUGUUGCGACAGGCUCUGAUGCUAAAGGUUGGUUACGCCAUGGCAUGGCUAUUCGGCUUGGGUCGGGUCUGCACCAUGCUGGACUUUCAAUCAACGGUGAGCCUUCCGCCACCAGCUUCUAUACCCGCUGGUCUUUUACCUACUUCAUUGAGCUCUGCGAGUGGACGUAUACGAGAAUCGCUCCAUCACGCGCUCUGCACCCAGUGCCAAAUACUAGAAAAGAUAUUGAUCAAGCUUUAUGCGCCUAG